AUGAUUUGGGAAGGCUCAAAGAGGAAUCAACUGAUUCUUGGAACCCCAUUCCUUGCUACAGCUGGAGCGGUCCUAAACUACUUUGGGAAUCAUCUAUCUUUUGGCCACAUCCGGCAAGAUAUCUUUUUCCCAAGUGUAAAUUUCAGGUCAGUGCCAAGUGCGACCAAGCUACCACCAGAAGAAGCCACUCUCAUACCUAAGAAAGAAGCUAUGCUGCAUGGAGAAAGAAGAGAGAGUGAGCGCUACCCAAAACCAAAGGAGAAGAAGAAAACAUUGGAGCCGAGGCAUGAAAAUGUCUUUAAGGAAAUCAACUCCAUCUUACUUCCAACCUUUGAUGAGUAUGGAGCUGAAGAGGAGACUAAUGGUGCACCUAAUCUCUUUCACAAGAUAAGAAUCUUUACACCAAAAGAUUCGGAGCUUAAAGGUGACCAAUCCAUUGAAGAGAAGCUUGAGAGAACUAUGAAGCUUUUCCCCAAGGCAUUGGUUUUCAAAGAUGAUGUGAGAGAUGAUCAUGGCGCGACAACACCACCACAAGAGCCACUGAACCGGAGAAUGGAGAAGCUAAAGGGAUCCUUUGCCCUUCAGCCACUCUUCACCACGAUUGAAAGAAAGAAAGGAGUCAAGCUAAAUGACUUAAAACAAAAGCGCUUUAUGGGAGGCAACCCAUAUGGUUUUUAA